AUGGGAAUUGUGUCUUGUCCCAGUGAUUCUGCUGACUCCACAGCUGCGGCAGCAGUGGAAACAGGACCAGCUGCUGCCUCGACAGCUGCGGAAACAGCAAACACAUCUGUCCCAUCGGGUGCUACUGACUUCGACCUUACAGAGGGCUCCGUCCAGCGCCACGCCUCGGAUGAUGAGCAGCAGAACUCUACUUAUGGUAAUUCCGGUAGGGAGCAGCAGCAGCCGUUAGCACCAGUAAGCGCCGACAGUCCGGAUACAUUCACGUACGAAUGUGCCACUGGAGGCGAGGAGCAGCAGCAACAGCAGCAGCAGCAACAGCCUCUGCACCAGCGAACAAGGAAUACUGAUUGUCAUGAGGAUGCGACGUCUCCUUGUGCUGAAUGUGGCAAGGAUCAGCCAAAUACCAGCAGCUUCCGGGAGAGAGGCUCAGGGAAGUGUGAUACUUGCAGCAGCAACACCACUAUCAACAGCAAGCCCCAGCAGAGAAAUAUGCCUGACGAAGUACAGGAAGCUGAGGCACUAGCAGAGAGCCACCAAGUAGGCUCUUACGCAGCGUCAGCUGCGCUCGAAGACAAUGGAACCAAUCAGGGGCGGGACGGCCCAACGGAGGCCGCGGAUGAUGCAGCAGCAAGAGCUUCAGGGACGGCCCGCAGUAGCAGCAGCAGUGGAUGCGGGGCGAGCACAGGAUCAGGCCGUGCCAGAGGAACAGCUGGCGCGGUCCACACAGCCACAGCGGCAGCUACAGCAACAGCAGUGACGGCGACCACUACAGGCAGUCGUAAAUGCACGGACGAGGGCUCUGUGAGGCGGCAUGAGGUGCCAGUGGGCCCUCGCCAUCAAGUACCGUGCCUGCCUCCUUUUUUCCUUGAAGCUGGGGGUUUUGGUUGCUGCUGCUGCGACCCCACUCCCACGCUGGAUCCGAGCCUAACGGCCAAGCUCGUGUACUCCCCCUCAUCUUUAGAGCGUGUGAGGCAACGCCGGCUUGCUGAGGGUCUGGCUGAUCGGGCAAUUUGCUCAGAGGGCGACAUGGAAGCCUACAUGCAGCAGUGCGCGAAAAACUGGAAAGGUAACAAACCGGGGUGGCAGCCCUUCAGCCCGGAGUUCGCGUUUAAGCUGCUGCACUACGCUGGGUACGACCCUUCAAAGGCUCUGCAGCUAAUGGAAGACCCUCAAUUUUCAUUCCAGCUCGUGUGCGAUGGCCCUGUAAGAAGAUACGACAACAAGUGGAGGCCGAAGGAUAGAAGAGGCGUCAUCUCCCCAACACCCUAUCCACCUCCGGUCUUCCUAAGAGGCUACCUGUCCCGCAGACACUACAGAGAUAGCACCGGAUACUCUCUCCGCUGA